UGUGAUGUACAUACGUCGUUCAGGAUCAGUUGACCGAAGUACUUACGUUAUAUACUUUUUAUCUCCGCAGGAGUGUGCGUGUUGUCGUUCAUAACGACUAAUUGUGGCAAUUUGCAACUGACUACUACUUUACUUGGCGGCAAUAAUAGCGGAUCACGUCGGCAGCAUCGAAUGCCCGAGGAGCACGACGACAUUCGCACACGUAUCUACAUCAUAUAUAGUAAUUACGACCUGUACUUUUACUUAUCCGGGGACGGGCGCUGCCGGAUGACAGAACGAGAGACGAUAAUUGAACCGGCGCUGGUUAAACGUGAUCUAUUGACUUUCAUCAUACAAUAGAUAUCAGGCGAGUCGAAUGAACGAGCGUGCAUCUAGUCUAAUUUGUUAAGACAUCAUAUCACGAAUUGGGAAAUAUGUACGACAUAUUACAAUGGCUCGAUCAUGGCUAGGAUGUCUGUUCGGCAUUUUAAUUCCAUCCGUUGUCUUUUAUUGGUACCUGUUAUUAAAUGUCCCCUCCGCGGAGAUAGGGAAAUCAAACAUUGGAGGAAAUUGGCGGUCGUUGUCGGUAGAAGUGGAGAGAUCGAAUUUACGGGAAAAUCAUUCUCUCGAACGAUCGCAAUUGAUAAAUAAUUUCGAGGUGAAAUGCGAUACGAUACACGUAGCUAUGGUGUGCGCCGGUUACAAUUCAACCUUUGCUCUCGUAACCGUGGUGAAGUCUAUUUUAUUUUAUCGUACGAAUCCGUUGCAUUUUCAUUUGCUCGUCGACGAAAUUGCGAGGAGAACACUUUCAACUCUAUUCCAAACGUGGGAUUUGCCACAUGUGAAUGUGACGUUCUAUGGAGCCGAGGUAUGGAUGCCGAAGGUCUCAUGGAUACCGAACACGCAUUAUUCUGGCCUUUAUGGUCUCUUGAAGUUGAUACUGCCGAACGCGAUGGGAGAGGACAAAGUACUCGUAUUGGAUACGGACGUGACCAUCAUGAGCGAUGUGUACUCAUUGUGGAAAAUGUUCGAGAACUUCUCGGCCGUUCAAACCCUAGGAUUGAUCGAAAAUCAGAGCAAUUGGUAUGUAAAGGCGUUGUCGUACGGUCAACGGCCAUGGCCAGCUUUAGGUCGAGGAUUUAAUACUGGCGUUAUGCUGAUGCAUCUACGGCGAUUGCGCGACAGAAAAUUUGCGAGCUCAUGGGAGAGCGUUACCAGGCGCGUGUUAGAAUAUAUACCAGAGACUAGCCUAGCUGAUCAAGACGUGAUAAACGCGGUGAUCAAUGAGCAACCAAAUAUCGUAUAUAAGAUAGAGUGUACCUGGAAUAUACAGUUAAGCGAUCACACGAUAAGUGAUAUGUGUUAUCGCGAUACCAAUCGUAUAAACAUCCUCCAUUGGAAUUCCCCGCGAAAGCAGGAUGUUCACAAUAAGCACGUUAAUGAGUUUCGAAAACUGCACCGAGUCUUUCUCGAGAUGGAUGGCAAUCUAUUGCGAAAACGUUUAUUCGGUUGUGACAAGCACGAGAGUGUACUUCCAUACAACGAAUCAAGUCCGUGUCGAGAAUUCGAGAAAGGUGCUGCUAUUUUAUAUCGCACGUAUCCCUUUUUAUUGGAAUACGAAUACAACGUGCACUCGUCGACAGAUGUUGCUUUAGUCACACAGUGUAGUGUCGAAAGGAUACCGCUAUUGGAAACACUGGCAAAACACUGGCCGGGGACUAUAAGCGUCGCGCUUUACUUGACUGAUGCGGAGGUUCAGUAUUUUUUGAACUUCGUGCGAGGUUCCAUAGAUUUAAGAACGAGAAGGAACAUCGCCUAUCACGUCGUGUACAAAGACGGGGAUUUGUACCCUAUUAAUUACUUAAGGAAUAUUGCGAUAUCGUACGUAUCGACUCCGUUCAUCUUUCAACUCGAUGUUGACUUUUUACCGCAAUUUGGACUGUAUGAAAAUCUGAUGAACAAUAUAAAUCGAUUAAAUAUCAAUGAAUCGGAUAAAAUAGCUCUGAUCGUACCAGCAUUCGAAACUGAGCGUUAUAGAUUUACAUUCCCUACUAAUAAGGAAGAAUUGCUGAAAUUUCUCAAACGCGGUAUUUUGUACACGUUUCGCUAUCAUGUCUGGACACAAGGACACGCUGCGACAAAUUAUAGCUUGUGGCGAAAUAGUAUGGAACCUUAUGAAAUAUCAUGGGAGCCGGAUUUCGAACCUUAUAUAGUCGUUCCGAAAUCCGCUCCGCGAUAUGAUACAAGAUUUGUCGGAUUUGGUUGGAAUAAAGUUUCCUAUGUGACCCAUUUAACUGCGUUAAAUUAUAAGUACAUAGUUUUACCAGACACCUUUAUUAUCCAUCGACCUCAUGCUCCUAGCUUAGACAUCGGUAAAUUUAGGACAGAUUCCGUUUAUAGAAGAUGUCUUAAAAAAUUGAAGGAUAAAUUUGUUCAAGAAUUGAUGGCGAAAUAUGGCGAGAGUGCAUUAUUGAAACUAAAGAAAGAGACCAAAGAAGAGAAAGUUUAAGAGAGAUAUUAUAAAAUAUUAAUAUUUUCUACUUUAAAAAAGACAUAAUUAAAUGAUAAGAAAUAAAAACAUGUUAUAUUUUCAUCGAUUAUGAAAAAUAUAUGUAUGUGUAAUUAUUUUCUUAAUAAAAAU